UCAGUUUUUUAGCUCAUGCCACAGUAGAUUGAAAGUUACUUGUAUUAAAGGCUCUCUCCAACUAUAUCCCACUUUCCAAAGAUACACUGUUUUCAUUCAUAAUAGUCAUUGAACGUAAAAUCACCUAUUCUGCACUAGUUCCAUUUUGCAGCAAAUAAGAGUGUAACUAACUUAACCAUGUCGUCGACGGUUGAAACAAAAGGUCGAACAGUUGGUGGCACAGAACAUAGCUGGUGCAAAGCCAUUCGUGGCGGCACCGGCAUUGCAGUUCUAUCACUCCUCCUCACAAAACCCAUCGACAUUUCCCGUUUCCAAACCGCCCUCCACAAACUACAAAAUUCCCAUCCUAUCCUCCGAUCAAAACUCCACUCUUCCAAUUCAUCAGACACAACAUUCUCCUUCCUCACCUCUCCCACUCCCUUCAUCAAAAUCCAAUCUCACAGCCUCAACGCCACCUCCGAGAUUCUCAAAAACAACAAAAACGACACCGUUUCCGUUUCGCCGUUACAAAAAGUCCUCGAACAUGAACUCAACCUUAACACGUGGCAAGAGAAAGACCGUAGCACCACCGGCUCCGACAUGCUGUUUGCGACGGUUUACGCUAUGCCUGAUGCGAAAACAUGGGUGGUGGUUAUACGACUGCAUGUGGCAGCGUGUGAUAGAACAACGGCCGUGUCGGUUUUAAGAGAGUUGCUUGUGUUGAUGAAGGAAGAUGAAAAAGACAUGCAUGCUGUUGUUGAGGAUGUUGUUCCCUUGGCGAUUGAGGAUCUUGUUCCUGGUCGGAAAACGAAGAAGCAUAUAUGGGCGCGUGGACUAGACGUGCUUAGUUACUCUCUUAAUUCGUUUAGGUUUAGUAAUUUGAAAUUUAAUGAUACCAAGAGUGCUACUGCUAGGUUUUCACAAGUGGUUAGAAUGGAACUGAAUCAAAAUGAUACCAAGAGGGUUUUAGAUGGUUGUAAGAAGAGUGGGGUUAAGUUGUGUGGAGCAAUAACAGCAGCAGGAUUAAUGGCAGCACAUGGUAACAAGAAUAGUUGUAAGAAGUAUGGGAUUAUUACCCUUACUGACUGCCGGUUAACGCUUGACCCACCUCUCUCAACUCACCAUUUUGGGUUUUAUCAUGCUGCCAUCCUCAACAACCAUGUGAUCAAAGGUGGUGAAAGUUUUUGGGAACUAGCCAAGAGGACUUACGGAGCAUUUUCCAACUCUAAGAACAAUGACAAGCACUUUUCAGACAUGGUUGACAUGAAUUUUCUCAUGUGCAAGGCCAUAGAGAAUCCUGGUUUGACAUCAUCGUCGAGAACAUCGAUAAUGUCGGUGUUCGAAGACACGGUGGUUGACGACGGUGGCGAGAUGCAACGAGAGGUUGGUGUUGAAGACUACAUGGGGUGUGCUUCGGUUCAUGGUUUGGGUCCAUCUAUGGCUAUUUUUGACACCAUAAGAGAUGGAAGGUUGGAUUGUGUGUGCGUGUAUCCAGCGCCAUUGCACUCUAGGGAACAAAUGCAAGAGCUUGUUAAUAAGAUGAAGGCUAUUCUCAUCGAAGGUGGUAAAACUUAUGAGGAAUAUUGAGGAUGCAUGUGUGUGCUUUCAUAUGAAUUAAUUAUGACUUUUGUCAGUUAUGUAGUUCUACUAGCUAGUAAUUAUCAGCAUGUUUGGUCAAUUUCUAUUUCACUUUCAUUACCCUUGCUAUAUCUAAUUUACGGAACUUACUGAUAUAUUUGAACUUUAGAAAAUGUUAUG